AUGGCGUUGAGACUGGGAAUGGUAAAAUGCGCUGCUGAAGGCAGCAACGGGUGUAGGUUAGGAGUGAGGAGAUGGGUCCAUGUCCCAUCCAUGGCUCCGCCGUUGGAUGUCGCCUUAGAGAGCUCUAUUGCAUCUCCACAUUUCACCCUACCCGAGUUCGAUGCCAACCAAGACACCAGCAACAACGCUAGCGAUUUAGGGUUCGGGUUGCCGGGUUUUUCCGUUGGUGGGUCCAUGGAACUUAUGGCUGUUCCUAAGAAGAAGACUACUCCCCAUAAGAGAGGUAUUCGAAAUGGGCCAAAGGCAUUGAAGCCGACACCAGUGAUUAUUCGCUGCAAGACUUGUGGUCAAGUUAAGCUGCCGCACUUCUACUGUUGCAGUGGAGACAGGGGGGAUAAUGGUGAGCGAAAUAACUAA